UAAUAUGGUUAACUUAUACGUUUAUAUAUACAUUUAGCCAAGAUAUAUAACAAUUGCUAGAACUUCCAUCAAACUCAAGCUAGUCAUGGACUGGUACUCAUGGUUAUCAAAAACCAAUCUCGACCCAUAUUUAGUAUACGAGUAUGGAAGAACCUUCACACAUAAUGAGCUUCAAAGAGGAGACACGAGUUACUUCAACCACGAGUUUCUUCAAAGUAUGGGAGUCACGGUUGCCAAACAUAGGCUCGAGAUACUUAAGCUUGCAAAGAAUAGUAUAGGAGGACGUGGUCCCAGAAACGGGUUCUCAAAGAUGGUUUCAGCAUUUGCCAAGACUAGAAUGCUGCUUUCCAAGAAAAUUGGAAGAUGCGUUUCUAGCAAACGCAUGGUCCACACCCCUAGGCCUGACCCUAACCCGUUUAGGCCACAAUGGCCAAGUAGCAACCUAAGGAAAACGAUGGGGUUUGAAGAGAAUAAAGAAGAAAAAGUGAAAAAGAUGAAAUCCGGACCCUUAGAUAGAAAAGUACAAGAGAGUUAUAUGAGCCCGAAAAAGGUUUUAAGUGCUUCAGGGCCUUUAGAAAGGAAGGUGCAAGAAAAUAUGAUGCUCAUGUACCAUAGCCCGAUGGACACCAGACCUGACCCGAAUGGGUCAGGAUCGCUUGAUGUUGUGGGCUAUAGCCCGAGGAUCGGGAUACCAUGCAGUAUGAUGCAGACUGGGGGUGAAAAUGACGUCGUGUCUUCACUUUGGUCUUUGAUGUUUCAAGAUAUGAAACCUACUUAAUUAGUGUUGAUUGUUAUGUUUUACUUUUAAUACCAAUAGAGAUGCUUGUCUUCCCAUCUUGUGGUUUUGUUUUUGCAAUUUUUAUCAUUUGCUUUUCAUGUAAGCUUUCUAGAAUUUGUAUGUGAACAUAUAUCAUUACUUA